GUGGAUGUUCCGCCCGGAACCUUGACAUGGUGACACUGGUUUCCGGCGGGCUCUUUAGAGCGCCGAACAGCUUCGGGCCAAAGGACCAUGAGAGGGCCCGAGCCAGGCCCCUACACUACCAUGGAAGGGGACGUGCUGGACACUUUGGAGGCGCUCGGGUAUAAAGGACCACUGUUAGAAGAACAAGCCCUUACCAAGGCAGCAGAGGCUGGACUUUCUUCACCUGAAUUUUCAGAGCUCUGUGUUUGGUUAGGCUCUCAAAUAAAGUCAUUAUGCAACUUGGAAGAAAGUAUCACUUCAGCUGGGAAAGAUGACUUAGAAAGCUUCCAACUUGAGAUAAGUGGCUUUUUAAAAGAAAUGGCCUGUCCAUAUUCUGUUCUCAUAUCAGGAGAUGUUAAAGAUCGUUUAAAAAAGAAGGAUGACUGUUUGAAACUUCUGUUAUUUUUAAGUACAGAACUUCAAGCUUUACAGAUAUUACAAAAAAAGAAAUGCAAAAAUUCUCAAUUAGAUAAAAACAGUGAAGUUUAUCAGGAAGUUCAAGCUAUGUAUGAUGCCCUUGGUAUACCCAAGUCUACCACUUCUGACAUUCUGGUUAUGCUAAACCAAGUGGAAUCAAAGGUGAAGGAUAUUCUGUCUAAUGUCCAGAAAAAUCAUCUGGGAAAACCAUUGUUGAAAGUUGAUUUAAGUCCGGAACAGGCGGAACAGCUAGAAAAAAUCAAUGAUGCCCUUUCCUGUGAAUAUGAAUGUCGCCGGCGGAUGUUAAUGAAACGAUUAGAUGUGACCGUGCAGUCCUUCGGAUGGUCUGACAGAGCCAAGGUAAAGACAGAUAGUAUAGCAAGAAUUUACCAGCCUAAACGAUAUGCUUUGUCACCCAAGACGACCGUUACACUGGCACACCUGCUUGCUGCUCGUGAAGAUCUAUCGAAGAUCAUUAGAACAAGUAGUGGCAUCAGUCGGGAAAAAACAGCAUGUGCCAUUAAUAAGGUGCUGAUGGGAAGAGUCCCUGACAGGGGAGGACGGCCGAAUGAGAUUGAACCACCACCCCCUGAAAUGCCCCCUUGGCAAAAGAGACAAGAAGGCGGCGGAAGGGGCGGAUGGGGUGGUGGUGGUGGUGGUGGGAGAGGCGGUGGGGGGGGAGGAAGAGGAGGUGGCUGGGGAGGAGGGAGGGGUGGGGGAGGAGGGUGGGGAGGAGGUGGAGGGGCAGGUGGUGGAGGAGGCGGGGGUAGAGGAGGUUUCCAAGGAAGGGGUGAUUAUGGUGGCAGAGGGGGCUAUGGUGGAAGAGGAGGGGGCUAUGGUGGAAGAGGCUAUGGAGAUCCAUAUGGAGGAGGAGGAGGAGGAGGUGGUGGUGGGGGGUACAGGAGAUACUAGAAAUGCAAACAUUAUAUAGUUGUACGUACUUCUUGUUAGAUACAUUAGGCAUUGUGUCCCAAAUAACGUACUUGAAUGUCACCUUUGAAGUAAACACCAUGUUAGAUUCCCUGAUAAUAUCAUUCUUAAAUCAAUAUGUAUGAAGGUUUUAUACUAACCAGUUGAUCUCUGAAAGGGAUGACUUUUUCCAUAUUCUGUGUACUCUUAAGCAUGUUGUCUUUUUAAAAAAGCAAGAUGAACAAAAAUUAUUUUUAAAAAUGUAAAUAUUUAUUACCAUCAAACUUGGAAAAUGGAAAGUAUUUUAUUGUCAUGAUUGAAUUUAGGCUGUUACCUGUAUUUUGUUCAGGGUUGAAACAUAUAAAUGACCUGACCUGUGGUAGAAAGAAAUAUAGACUCUUGUCUCAUCUCUAUUCCUGUGGAUGCUUUAAAAUUCGUUAAUUCAGUUUUACAAAAUAGAGGGAAAGACUGAUAGUUGUGUUCAGUAGGUGCUUUUCAUAGGGAGAAAAUCCUUUGGUCAGGUUUCUGUUAAAGUUGAAGCCAAAUUAUUCUUUUUGCCAUGCAUAUUUGAUUUAUUUUCCAGUUGGAUUUGAAACCCAUAGGAUGUUGACUGAAAAAUUAAAAAUGAGGUCAGAAUUAAAGGGAUAAAAUGUAUGUAUCAAUUUUACAUAGUGGUGUUAAAAAGAAUUCCUAUAAACUGGUCUCUUCAUCAUUUGCACCCUCACUUCUGAUAAACAAAUAUUAAAAAGCAGGCUGACCUGUAUCAUACAGAAUUAAGCAGUGAUUUCCAGCUUAAAUAGUACAUCAUGGGUAGAGCUAAGGCAUCCAUUAAUAAUUCUGAUUCACAGCUAAAUUUGGGAGACACAGUAUUAGGGAAUGGCUGUAUGGGUUUUUGGGAUCAAGAGCUGUAAAUUUGAAUUAUGGUGCCAAGCCAGGGUUGAAAUGACCUUAGCUACCAAAGAUUGAUUCGCCUUCAUUUGUCCAAUGAGGAAUGAGACACACAUCCUCUGCUCACUUCUUUUCAAAUGCAAUUCAUUGAAAAUUUAUACAGCACCUAUUGGUUGAAUAGUGUGGAGUCAGAAAGGGUUGAUCAUACUGAUUUUUUUUUCUAAUUUUUUAAUGGAAAAAAGUAAAACAAAAUUUAAUAAUAAAAUGAGAAUAACAAUA